AUGGCGGCGCAUAGUGAUUCUGACGAAGAUGAAACGUUUGUUUCAAUUGGAACGGCUUUGGAUGUUCCUGAUAAAGAUGAGCCAGUUAAAAAGCCUAUCACUGUUCAAGACAUGUCUGUCAAGGACAGUAAAGGAAGAGUUCGGUUCCAUGGAGCCUUCACAGGUGGCUUCUCUGCUGGGUACUUCAACACAGUGGGAUCCAGAGAAGGAUUCACCCCUUCCACAUUUGUUUCAUCAAGAGAGAAGCGGACAGAUGGCUCAGGCUCGGGACAAAGACCAGAGGAUUUUAUGGAUGAAGAGGAUAUUAGUGAGCAUGGAAUAGCCCCUAGGAAGUUUGUAACGAGUGCCCAGUUUACCUCGGAAGAGAGGAAGAAGCGGACAUUUGAUGAGGCCAAACUUGCAACAGCAGAUUCCAUUUUGGGAGGGGACACCACACUGUUAAACCUAAUUGUACCUGAAAGAAUUACUGUAGGAGUGCGACUAUUGAGAAAGAUGGGCUGGAAGGAAGGGCAGGGAGUGGGACCCAGGUUGUCAAGGAAACAGAAACAAGCUGAAGGCAGAAGGAUCUAUGGCUGCACUGGGCCACCAAGCCCCGACAGUGGAGACGACGGUCUUGAUGAUGAAACAGUCUUGUCUGACGUCACAUUUGCUCCGACUGACACAGCGCAUAUACUGCUUGGUGCCAAGGACAACACCCAUGGUCUGGGCUACAGCGGGUUGGACCCCAGGAAAGCCCUGCCCUCUACACACAUCAACCUGUUUGAGGCCCCAACUGUACGGAAAUCUGGCGCCAGUAGAAGAGGAAUACGAGGACAGGGGUUUGGUGUCGGUGCUCUGGAGGAUGAGGAUGAUGAUGUCUACGGUAUGGAUGACAUGUCCAAAUAUGACAUGACGAUGGGCGGUGAGGGAGAUGACAAGUUUGGAUGGACUGCACCAACUCAUAGGGGUCAGAAGCAGCAGACACCAGUGGGCUAUGUGGGGCAACUGCUAGAUGGGUUUUCUCUCUCCUCCAAGAAACUGGUCCAGAAGAAAGACUUCCCACCCCCUUCCCUCCCCAGGGACUUUAGACCAGUGCACAGAUUCAAAAAGUCAGAUGACCAGUCAAUAGUAAUGACUAGAAACCAGUCCAGUACAGGUGUGGACUACAGGCAGUUCCUAAAACCUUCUGAUGCUGGGCCCAGCCCUGUGCCUGGAACCAGCAGCUCUGGUUUGGUUCCAGGCUCAGCACCUGGCAGUGUGAGUCAAGGUUCAUCAGCUAGGGAGAAGCGUCAUGAUGCUACAAGUAGAGGUGUCGCUCUCGGGGAGCAGGCAUUUGUUGGAUCUGUGUUUGAUCUUAUACCCAAGGAAGAAAAGGAGAGAAUAAAUCAAGCCAAGCAAAAUACUGAUACCACAGCAAUCGUGAACUUCCCUUUAAGAACAUUUGUCAGUUCUGAGACACUUGAAGGUAGUGAAGAUCAACCUAAGGGAGAUAAUUCCACUACUACUGAAUCUACCUCCAAUGUUGAAGAGCAUAGAAAGAGUGGUGUCCCUUUAUUCCAGGGAGCAGCCAUUUUCAAACCAUUCAGCAAAGAUCCAGCUAAACAGUUGCGAUAUGAUAAAUAUCUAGAAGCAGUCAAACAUGGGCACAAAGAACCAUACCUGUUAGUUGGUAUGCCCGGAAAAACAGAUUGGGAGAAAGAGAGAGAGCGGGAGGAAUUUAGCAAGGCCGCCCACCUGUACCGACCUCUAGCAUCAAUGAUGGCCGCACGGUUUACACGUGCAGGAACAAUUGAGGAUGGUGAGGAAGAUGUAAAGGCUGAACAAAAAAUUGACCAGACAGACGCAGAGAAAGCAGCUUCCAUGAAGAUGUACGGGAAGCUGACUAGGGAGGACGAAGAGUGGCACCCUGACAAUCUAGUCUGUAAACGAUUUAAUGUGCCAAACCCAUACCCAGGGUCUACAAUAGUUGGCCUAAUUUCAGCAAAGAGGGACAAGUACUCUGUGUUCAAUUUCCUUAACUUCGCUAACCCAACAGAGAUGGCCUAUGAUAGGAGGGGGUCCCAAACCCAGGAAACACCACCCCCAGAAGAAGUGAAAAAAGACAAUGCUAAAACUGAUACAGAUAAGACUGAUACUACUAGUAAGGUUGAUAAAGAAUUGAACAAGGGAAAAGCCAUGAAAUCAAUAUUCAGCCAUCUUAUUGAUGCUGAAAAAGGGGCACAAAAGGCAUCUAACCUGAAAAGUGAUAAACCGGUUUCAUUUAGUGUUAAAUCUGUACAAUCAAACAAACCUAAAGAGUUUAAGUCUAUAUUUAGCCAUCUUGAGAAAGGGGAGAAUACUGUGAAACCUGCACCUGUUGCCAUGGAAACAGAUAACGAUGAAAAUGCUGCGGAUGCUGGUAAAACAGCAGCUGGGAAGUCUGUCAGUAAAACAGACAAGUUUGCUGAACUUGUUGAAAAAUCAGAGACUGAUGGUGCUCCAGCUAUGGACCUGUUCAGAGCUAUAUUUAGAAACACUGACUCCGAGGAUAGCUCCAGUUCUGAGGAGGAGGAUGGAGAGGAUAGUUCCUCAAAACUACCAGAUGCACAGGAUAGUUCCUUUCAACCAGCUUUUUCAAUCUCCGACUCGGUUGAGGCCACUCCGGCCACAUCACUGCCAGGCUUUACUGCCCCACCCAAACAGUCCACAUUAGCAGGCUGUGGAUCCUUCGUAGCCCUGCCCCCAGAGAUCAGCCCCAUGGAGACUGGAAAGGGGUCAGCUGGUCAGCCCCAGGAUUCCAGUGGGGAUGAAUCAGAUGCAUAUGGACCUGCUUUACCUCCUUCCCUACCACAAGGUGCUGCAUCAGCAUCAAAUGAUAAAUGGAGAGAUCUGCCAGCUGGUGACUUCAUUGAUCUCACUAAUGAAAAAUCGAGAAACCAGCCAGCUGGUGACAUCAUUGAUCUCACUAAUGAUAAAUCGAAAGACCGACCACCUGAUGACUAUGUAGACCUUACAAAAGAGUCAACCAAAAAACACAAACACAGACAUAGAGACAAGCAUAAACACAAGAAAGAGAAAAAGGAGAAACGAAAGAAAAGUAAGCACAAGAAGAAAGGCCGCAAGAAGGAGAAACGUUCCAGACAUGUCAACGAAAGAUCAGACUCGUCUGAACGGGAGGAGAGCAGUGAUGAGGAUGAUAGGGAAACGGACAAGGAAAUAAUCAAUAGGCUGAAGUUAUUGAAAUCAGCGCAGAGACAGAGGGCGGUAGACUUCAUGUAAACUGACGGAGAGCUGCAGACUUCAUGUAAACAGACGGAAAGCUGCAGACUUCAUGUAAACAGACGGAGAGCUGCAUACUUCAUGUAAACAGACGAAGAGCUGUAGACUUCAUGUAAACAGACAGAGAUUCUCAAGCUGUUGGUCUUACAUAUUUGAUGGACUUUUCCUUAUUUAGUGCUGUUAACUGUGAUAAUUUGUGUUUUCCUCUUGAUGCAUGCAAUACAGAUGUUUAACAAUUUUCAUUACAACACACAACUAUAGCUUUUAAGUGAAAUAAAGAAACUGUAACAAAAAUUGUCUUUAAUAAUGUCCAGUCGUUUAAUGAUUACAAUCAUGUUGUUUAUCACAGUUAUUUUACACAUAAAUGUUACUGUGAUACAGUGACACAAACUGUGGUACUUCUCAAAGUUAGUGACAAUUGUCACACUUAGGUCAUCUUUAGAAAUUGCUUUCCCAUGGAGAAUCGCUUUGGUUUUGCAUGCACAGUUUCUUUAUUCCAUUAGUUUAUUAAGAUAUAUAUAUGAUAUUUAAUUAUGAAAAAAAUAAAAAUCCAAUCUCCCAUUAACUUCCAGGGAACUUGGUUGCCUUUUCACAGACGAUAAACUGUCAAUGUCAAUGUAUCUUCAGGAAUAAUCUGUGAUUUAAAGAAGACUAUAACCAGGUCCUGGCUUUAAUAAUCAGAUAAAGGAAAUAAUAACUUGAUUGUUGAUUCAGUGGUUCUAUUUUCUUCAUAAAUGUUUAAAAUUUAUUUUGUUGAUUUUCCUUUUUUCUGGUGCUCUUGUAAUAUUUAAGCCGAAUCAUUCAUAAAAGGGUUAGGUUUACAAGUCACAUUUUCAGCCCCGCAAUUAUUAUUUUUUAAUUUAAAUUUCAUCAAACUAUAUUUCAAAUACUUGAUUAAAAAUUGUUUUAGAACUUUACAGAGUGAAAAAUGUGAGUUUUUCCCCUUCUUAUGUAUUUGAUCAAAUACAAUGAGUUAAAGCUCUAUUUUGUAACAUAAAAAAUAUUAAAACCACAAACUGGGUGUGUAAACUAGGCAACAUAUGAAUGCUCAUUGAAGAAUGCAGCCACUCUGGAAAAAAAGAAAAUAUUAAAUGCUCAAAUCAAAAUAAAAAGCCAUCUUAUCUGUUACUUAUUUUCUUCAAACAUUUCUCAACUGAGAAAGAGAAAACAUACAUAUGUGUUUAAAAUGUCACAUUUAUGGCUUUUUAAUUUCAUGGAAAAUUUGCCAGGCCAAAAAUGAGCCUUCACAUAACUUACCCCUUCAGUGCAAAAGCAGUGUGAAUGAAAAUGUUUUAGGAGCAGAAAACUUGACUGAAAUAUUGAUGAUUGAAAAAAACAUAACUUUCAUUUAAUAUUUACAUGACUUUGUGUGUGUGAAGGGACAACUAUAAACCAGUUAAUCCAUCAGUACAAUUAUAAGCUUAAAUGAUCACAAAUGAAAUCCUUAUUUAAAAUUCAUUGUAUAAUUGGUUGUAGGCUUUGUGUAUUUUUAUUAUUCAAUUAAAAUAUCACUAUAUAUCUCCAGACGAUGGCAUCAAAGGAAAUACUUGUUAAUAACUUUGAACUUUGUAGUACAGUUACCAACUUUAAAAAGUUAAUAACAUAGCAUGUCUAUCAGAGACCGAAAAUUGUUUAAUAAUGCAACACUUAUGUGUUCAGAGGUUAUACAUCUUGGAAGAAUGUGUGAAAAUCACUUACGGAGAAGGAUGGUUGCAUGUACAUUCAAAAAGACUAGACUCCAGAUGAUACAUUAGCAAGAAAAAAUGAAGAAAAUUGUCAAAAACUUACUUAAAAUUGAUAUUAUUGUGUACACUGCAUUGAAUUUUACUAUCUGAUAUAUCACAUCUCUUACAACACAUGCAUCAUUCACAGGUUUUGCCAAUUUUUUCAAUUCAAAAUUUACUGGGGUUGUCUACCAUGUCAAUCCCAGUAAGGUUAAAAAUAGCAUCAAUAUAUAUAUAUCAAUAUAUGUCCUCAUAAACAGAUAUGAUUAAAACUGUGAAACCAUUAUGUGCUUUAUUUUUAAACGGAAAAAAUCACCAACAUGAUAGUUGCGUUUAUCAUUUCAAUUAUGUAAAAUGAUAUAUUGU